AUGGGGGCUUGUGGGGUUAUAGUGGAACUCAUCAAAAGCAAGAAAAUGGCUGGCAGAGCUGUGCUGUUGGCAGGACCUCCUGGAACUGGCAAGACUGCUUUGGCUCUAGCUAUUGCUCAGGAACUGGGAAGUAAAGUUCCCUUUUGUCCUAUGGUUGGAAGUGAGGUCUAUUCCACUGAGAUCAAGAAAACAGAAGUUCUAAUGGAAAACUUCCGGCGUGCAAUUGGGUUGAGGAUUAAAGAGACCAAGGAGGUUUAUGAAGGAGAAGUCACAGAACUAACUCCAUGUGAGACUGAGAAUCCUAUGGGGGGGUAUGGCAAAACCAUCAGCCAUGUAAUUAUAGGACUCAAAACUGCAAAGGGAACCAAACAGUUGAAGCUGGACCCAAGCAUAUUUGAAAGUUUGCAGAAGGAGCGAGUGGAAACUGGUGAUGUUAUUUAUAUUGAAGCAAACAGUGGAGCCGUCAAGAGGCAAGGCAGGUGUGAUAUCUAUGCUACGGAAUUUGACCUUGAAGCUGAAGAGUAUGUUCCCUUGCCAAAGGGUGAUGUGCACAAGAAAAAGGAAAUUAUUCAGGAUGUCACCCUGCAUGACUUGGAUGUGGCCAAUGCUCGACCUCAGGGUGGGCAAGACAUCCUUUCUAUGAUGGGGCAAUUGAUGAAGCCUAAGAAAACUGAAAUUACUGACAAGCUUCGAGGAGAGAUAAAUAAGGUAGUAAAUAAAUACAUCGAUCAAGGCAUUGCAGAGCUAGUCCCUGGUGUGCUCUUUGUAGAUGAAGUUCACAUGCUGGAUAUCGAAUGUUUCACGUACCUGCACCGAGCACUGGAAUCUUCUAUUUCCCCCAUUGUCAUCUUUGCUUCCAAUCGAGGAAACUGUGUUAUCAGAGGCACAGAGGAUGUAGUGUCUCCUCAUGGAAUACCACUGGACCUGCUGGAUAGAGUGAUGAUUAUCCGAACCAUGCUGUAUACACCCCAAGAAAUGAAGCAGAUCAUAAAACUUCGUGCUCAGACAGAAGGAAUUAACAUUAGUGAAGAAGCUCUAAACCAUCUAGGAGAAAUUGGGACCAAGACAACCUUAAGGUAUGCUGUGCAGUUACUGACCCCAGCUAACCUGCUUGCCAAGAUUAAUGGGAAAGACAGCAUCGAGAAAGAGCAUAUUGAAGAAAUAAAUGAACUUUUCUAUGAUGCCAAAUCCUCAGCAAAAAUCUUGGCUGAUCAACAGGAGAAGUACAUGAAAUGAAGAGCUUAUCAUGUUAGAUGCUUUGAAGUGGCUUUAACCCUUACCCAGGGCUGGCUUAAUUAUUGAAUGAGAAAUGUUAAUGGUUUGUCUCUUUUGGGACUGAAAAAUAUUUAAAUGUUGGACUGCUUUGUCAGGCCAGAAUUAACUAUCAAGCGUUCCUGUUUCAUUAUCAACAAUAAGAUGCUCCAUGAUGUCUGUGUAACAUCUUAGUCUCCCUUUUAUGAGUAUAUACGAAAUGAAUAGCUCUUGACCCAUCAGUUUUGUCUUUAGAUUUAAUUACAGAAGAGCUCUAACUGAAGUUGAUGCUUAAGAACAGUCUAUUUUCUUUAUGAAUGUUGUUUUAAAAUAGUUUCCUUUUACAGAUGAGAACUUUUUUUUUUUGGAAUCAAAGUUUGUCUGAAGUGCUUUAUAAUAAAAUAUUUCAAGAGUAUUGGAA